UGGCUGCUCCUCCAGGACCUGUCUCUGCUGCACAGGCGAUAGGUGAAUACCUCCAGUCUCCGGAUGAUCUCGUCAAGGUAUCCGCCUUCAGAAAGAAACUCGAGAAGGAGAAGGCGUCGAUAGAUGCGAGGCUGAAGAACGGCGUCAAGGAGCAACUACAAGCCACAAGAUUGGGCUUGAAGAAGUUCAUCGGUACUCGAGAAAAUGUACAGGCUAUCAAGGAUGAAAUGAUGACCAUUGAGAAGGAGUGCGAGGAUCCGUCGGUUCGAGUCGCGACGUUCGACCAGAUCAGCAGGGUGUCUAUGGUUCACCGUAACUUCGAAUCUACCGAAGAAAUGGUCAAUAACCUCCUCAUGAUGGGCGCCCAAUUGGACAAUCUGGAACACAUGCUUGCCGCGGAUAGCAGAGAAGUUGUUGGACCAGCUCCCAACUUGCUUAUAAUCCAUUAUCACCUGAAUCAACUGGAACGCUUUCGAAACCUGACAAUGCAUCAAGCCAAGAAGGCGUCUGAGAGCUCGCAAGCUACCCUGACGAGAUGGUUUGAACGCCUGAACAAAGUCAUCGCAGCGUUCGAUGAAUACAUUUUGGAAUUGGCACGAAAUGUUCUGAACCUCGUUCGUGCUGGGCAUUCCGAUGUGGUGGUGAAAUUGAUUAAAAUUGCGGAAAUUGAGGGAAAAGAAGAUGAAAAGGCUCUGGUCAUGCGUUUCGUCAAAAAGGCCGCUAAGCUAGACGCAGCCUUGAAAUUCAAGUCGCUACAAGCAAAUGCUCGGGUUCUUAAACAUUAUCGCACCAAGAUAACUAAAGCCAUUACACAAUCCAUCCACGACAAAGUCGAAUCGGCCUACAAGCGCUCCGAAGACAACCCUGUUGGCUUCCUCGGUAGUCUCACAUGGCUAUAUCAGGAUAUUUUGCGCAUUGAAAGCGACGUUGCUCCUUGCUUCCCCGCGGAAUACGAGAUUUACUCGUUGUAUCUUCGCGAAUACCACAAAGCCAUGAACUCAGUUGUCAAGAAGAUUUCCGUUGCCAAAUCGGAUGCAAGUGUUCUUCUAUCCUUAUAUGAAUGGUUGAAGGAAUACAAGGCCAACAUGAAGGAGCUUAAUGUACCAUCAGAAUUACUUGAUCCCCCUCUACUUGAUGGCAAGGAGCAGACACUCAUUGAAGACUACGUGCAGCUGAUCAUCAAGAAACUCGACGAGUGGUCCGCCAAUCUUAUGAAAACAGAGAUCGCAGAGUUCACCAAACGAGACGAACCCCCAGAGCUCGACAGUGAUGGCCUCUACGGUACCCAGGGCGGAGUCAUUCUUUUCCAAAUGGUCAACCAACAAAUCGAUCUAGCGACGGAGAGCGGGCAGGGAGCUAUCUUGGCUCGAGUUGUGGGCGAAACCAAUCGAGUCAUGAGGGGUAUCCAAGACCAGUGGUCGAAAGUCAUCGAUUCUGAGUUCAAGAGGCAGAUGGAGAAACCAGAAGAGACACCAGGUGGCCUGGUGGAAUACUGCAUCGCUUUGGCGAACGACCAGAUCAAAUCGGCCGACUUCGCUGAAGCCCUUCUCGCGCGACUAGAGCCUCUCGUGUCCGCGAAGUAUCAAGCACCGAUAACGGAGCGUCUGAACGAUGCCAUCGACGGAUACUUGGAUAUCGCCAAGAAGUGCAUGCAGACACUCAUUGACAUGGUAUUCAACGACUUGAAGCCUGCUACGAAGAAUCUCUUCCAGCCUCCGUGGUACGAUGGUAUCAUGCGUCAAAUCGUGGAAACGAUGCGCGACUAUAUGGCUGACUAUCAGAGCUAUCUUAACUCUGCAUUGCUGGAACUCCUUGUGGAGGAUCUUAUUGAUGCUUUCUUACUUACCUACCUCAAUUCUCUCGCCAAUGCACCGAAGCUCAAGAUGCCAGCGGCUGCAGAAAGAUUCAAAGAGGACAUCACGGAAGUAUUUUCCUUCUUCAGCACUCUGGCUCCAGCGAAAGAUGUCGAAGCUCGAUUCGAAGUCCUGGAGAUGAUCCUCGCCAUGCUUGAAGCGUCGAAAGAUAUCGCUUUCCUAUCUUUCUGGUCUUUCGCCAAGGUCCACGGUCCUAAUAUCGCCUUUGUAGAGGCUCUGAUGAAGUCACGAAGUGAUUUCGAUCGUUCAGCAGUGAGUGAGAUAAUGGACAGCAUCAAGCGGAAGGUGAAGGACGAAGGUUUGGCAGAACGACCGGAACCAACCAUCAUGAAGAAAGUCAAUGUCGGAAACGCAUUUUCAAGAUUCCUACGGACAUAAC